AAACUUCUUCCGCUAACAUAUAUUACAUCGAAAGAUAACAUCAUCAGGGUAGCCUGCACAAAGUCUACAAGUCAAUUGAUUACCAAAAUUACAAAUAAAGGAACUUCUUAGUAGUCUUUUUUAUUGUAACCGCUUAGUUGUCACAUUUUCUCUAAAAUCCUCUGUGAACCGAUUGUACAUGAACAUCAGGUACUGAAAUUGGCGCUGUGACCUUGAAAUCCCUCAGACGCUUCUGAUUGACUCGUCCAUAAAUGAUGGUCUCGCCUUUUUUUGUUUUUAAAAAACUGUCCUUCAGAUAUUGUUCAGAUGAUUGCUGGAUUAGCAAAAAAUGUGAUUUUACAUUUAAACAAAAAUCAAUUAUCAUUUAUUAUUAAAGAACGAUCUGUAUUUGGUGGAGUAACUGCAUGGUGUGAUUUAGAUCUUGCAAUAUUAUUUCCUGAACGUAUAUGUGAAGGAAUUUCACCGGAUCAAGAUGAAAUAUUCCUGGAAUUAAUUAUUGAUCACUUACUGCAUUGUAUUCGUCCGAAUACUCAAUCUACAUCUGGUCGUAAUCCUUUAUAUGGUUCAAAUUCCACAUCAACCUCAUAUACAUCAGUGAAUAAAUCUCGUAUUGGAUCUAAUUCUGUAACAGGAAUGAUUAGUAAUUUAGAUCAAUCAGUUUGUCGACUACUUGGGUUGAAAAUAAAAUUAGUUCGACGUAAAACUCCUUGUUUAGCAAUUGAACUGGAACAGUCAAGUGUUACAGGCCAUCCACGUUCUGUUUGGCAUUUUAUUCCCGUCCAAGUUGUACCUCCACGUUUAUGGGAUGAAUUUGUUGAGACACCAGAUCCAGAUUUUCACGUGAGUAUUUUCUUUCCACCAGUGAAAACAUUACGCCCAUUUGUUGAUCGUAUGAAAAAAUUUGCAAAGUUUAUUAUUAUCAGUGCAAAUGGUUCAGGUGAAUUAAAUUUUGCUGUUAAUGUUGAAACGUUAGCUUCUGUUAAGUUAACAUUUCGAGGUUUAAAAGCACGUAGUUGGAUGAAUACAGAAUCAUUUUCAACUGAAAUUAACGAUUCAAUGGAUGAAGCUCGUAGUACUAUUUGGGAUUCAAACAAUGUUGAUUUGGAUAGUUCAAAACAGCUAAAUAAUGAAGAUCCAAAUAAAAAAUUAGUGUCAAUUAGUUUAGACUUACGACGUAUUGGUCAGUUAUUAUCAAGUCCAAGAAUUGUACCAUCUUGUUUUGUUUGUAAUAUUAUUCAUGAAAAGUUAGCACAAUUCUUAGUGUUAUUUGACAAUCAUAAAUUGAAAUACAAUAUACCUGCAACUAAUCUAUAAAUAAAUAAUUAUCUUUCA